AAAUAAAAAGAAGAAGAGGGUUUUAUUAAUUUCUUGGGAGUUUAACUAUUUUUUGAAGUAAUCAGACAUCAUAUUCUUACCUUAAACAUAAUUCAUUUGAAAUUUUGAAUUUCACUCUUCAGAUUCUGUGGCGGAAUUUUCUAAAUGGUUUUGUUGUUCUGCUGGGAUUCAUUUAGCAUUUGAUUGUUAUUCCUUGGACGAGGGCUUUCUGGGAAAGUUUAAUUGAUCAUUGAAGUGUCAAAGGACAACUGAAUUGGGUUAACUUGGGAAAGUUUAUCUGCUCAAAACUUUCAUCUUAUUAGCUAGACUGUGCUGUUUCUUUCUUGAAGCAACAUGAAUCACCCUCAUCCAUAUGGUGAAGAUCAUGAUGAACCCACUGUCAUGGGCUUUGAAGUUCCAAGAUCACCUGAUGCAAGUUACAACAAUGUGUAUCCUGCACAUGUAGAUGAAGGAAGGGAACCACCGUUGGUACCGCCACAUUUGCAUCACACCUUGCUAAACCACCCAACAACAAGAGAUCAAUCAACCUCUCUCCCGUUGCCACAGAACGCGGUACUAAACCAUUUGUAUAUUGAGAACAGAGAAGUCCCGAGGCCAGUUGUAGCACUUGGUGUAACACAUCGUUUUCGCUCAAAAUAUGUUACGGUCGUUCUUUACAAACCCGUCCAGAGAAGAUGAGGUAGCAUGCUGGACAUGCCUGAACGUUUACAGCAUCUUUGGCUUGUUGUCUGAUGAUAGUAGAGGUAAAUACACAGCAAGUUCUGUAGUGGAGAAUGCUUAUUUCUUCCCAGCUAGGAAAAUAUGGUAGCAGGGUACCCUUGGACUUGAAUAAUUGAAGUUAGUUGCUCUAUAGUUUAAAAGUUUACUUGUAUUAUGGCAAAAAGUAAGUGAUGUCCCUGUUAGUUUGCCUUAGCAAUUAUGUUUUCGACUAGCUCUUCAAUAUUGAUGAGUGUGGAAAUCUGUUAAGCACCUUGUUAGAUUUAAGAAUUUGUCAAGUUUACAUGUAAUAUGGCAAAAAGUUAGUUAUUGAAAUCUAUUAACCAUAUGCUUAUUUUACGUUGAUCAAUAUAUUAAGAAAUGACUU